UCCUCACCCUCACCGGUCGGCAAAGGGUAAACCCUUAAGCCUUCACCGCAAUAAUCUCUCUCUCUCUCUCUCUCUGGCUUUCUCUGAGAAAUCCGAUUCUUCACCGGCGAUGGAAUACGAAGAGGAAAAUGAAUACAACCCAAGAUCGCAGUCGUCGUCCGACAACCAAAACCAUCAGCAAUCGUCGCCUCCGCCGCCGUCGCCAUCGCUGUCUCCGUCUUCUCAGCCAGUAACAGUGGCGGCGGUGGGGCUACCGUCUCAUCACUCUCUAACACUAGCCCUCCCCAUACAACAGCCCCGGGUACCCAACACCGGAGGCGGCCGCGAGGACUGUUGGAGCGAAGGCGCUACAUCGACGCUAAUCGACGCCUGGGGUGAACGCUACCUUGAGCUCAGCCGAGGGAACUUGAAGCAGAAACACUGGAAAGAGGUUGCCGACGUCGUCACUAGCCGCGAGGACUACACGAAGGCACCCAAGACUGACAUCCAGUGCAAGAAUCGAAUCGAUACUUUGAAGAAGAAGUACAAGAUCGAGAAAUCCAAGAUUGUUUCUGGGUUAGCGACCAAAUGGGUUUUCUUCGAUCGCAUUGAAGAGCUUAUUGGCCCAGUGUCCAGGAAGAACGAAGACAACGAUGAAGACCACAAGAGCAAUAAACAUGGCUAUCCAUCUGGGUCUCUGCCGAAGAUCCCCGCCGUCAGGAGCAUCAGGUCGUCAAGGCAGCAAUUUCGGGUCAAGCAGCGUGACUCAAGUAACUCCGCCGAUGGCGAUUCGUCAGAUAGUUUUCCGCCGCGGACGACUAAUGUGAAUGGCAAGAGAUGGCGUUUCGAAAGGAAGCCACCACCUGUUCAGACCAGGAGAGUUGAAGGGGAGUUGGAUCCGCCGAUGAAGGAGCUGAGUCGGGCAAUUGUUAAGUUUGGGGAGAUGUACGAGAAGGUGGAGAGAUCGAAACUGGAGCAGGUGGUGGAGAUGGAGAGGCAGAGGAUGGAGUUUACUAGGGAUUUGGAGCUUCAGAGGAUGCGGUUCUUCAUGAAAACCCAGAUGGAGCUCUCUCAGCUCAAUCAUGGUAGAAGAGUCGCCGUCGGUAAUGGCCGCCAUAACAGUAACAACGGUGGCUGAAUUGUGAUUCAAGCAUCUAAUUCUCUCUCUUAGACUCUAACCCAUUUCAGAUCAUUCCAAAAACUUCCCAUCAAUUGUGUUCAACAAGCAAUGAUGAGGAGUUUGUAGCAUUACUAUUCUGAAUGGAAAUUCACUGUAUUUUUAAUUUAUUUUCUAUUUCUAUGGGAAUUGGAAGAUUGGGGGAAGAGUGGAUGGGCUGAGUUGUAUUGAUUUGGAGUUUUGGUCAUAAAAAUGUCAGCCAUGUAACAAAGGCAAGGCAAAAUGAAAACUAAAUUAUUCAAUUCAA